AUGUCUUCUUUUUCCAAACAGCAAAAAGCAGUAUCAAAUGAAGCCAAUUUUGCAUUUCCUGCUCCCAAUUUCUUCUUGGCCCAGUCGAAAGGCAGGAAGGAGAAGAUGAAACGAGUGGACGGACAAUUCGAUGCGCCGUCGAUUGCAAACAUUACACUGCUUUUUCUCGAGGACAAUUGGCACCGAAUGUGCUGUGAAGAAAUAUGUUCACUGUGGCAAUAUAAUUCACGUCUAAAUAAUGUUAAUAAUGUUGGCCUAUAG